UCACAUAAAGCUUGUAACAUUAUUAAUAUUAUUAGUAAAUUUGACAAUAUUAUCAUUGUUAGUACAGCUGCCAUAUGUAGAAAUCCAGGAGAAGCUUUAGUAAUAGAAGAGAUAGAAGUUGAUCCUCCUCAAGCUUGGGAAGUUCGCAUUAAAAUCAUUUGCACCUCACUUUGUCACACUGAUGUCACUUUUUGGAAACUAAAUGCGGGACCUAAUACAACGUUUCUACCAAGAAUCUUCGGCCAUGAAGCCUUUGGGGUUGUGGAAAGUGUGGGAGAAAAAGUGGAGGAAGUGAGAAAAGGAGACAUGGUGUUGCCUGUGUUUCAAUCCGAAUGUAGUGAAUGUAUGGAUUGUAGAUCAACGAAGAGCAAUUUGUGUACAAGUUUUCCGAGUCAAGCUUACAAUGGCAUGCCUAGAGGAGGAGGCAGUCGGUUUAGGGACACCAAAGGAGAAAAUAUUCAUCAUUUCUUGUAUGUCUCGAGUUUUACAGAGUACACAGUUGUUGAUAUUGCGAACGUUGUUAAGAUAAGCGACCAUAUAGCUCCUGAUAAGGCAUGUCUUCUAAGUUGUGGAGUUACCACAGGGCUUGGAGCAGCAAUGAGAGUUGCAGAGGUGGAACAAGGCUCCACUGUUGCAAUAUUUGGGCUUGGUGCUGUGGGUCUUGCGGUUGCAGAAGGUGCACGACUAAGAGGAGCUUCAAAGAUAAUAGGAGUGGAUUUAAAUCCCGAUAAAUUUGAAAUUGGAAAGAAGUUUGGAGUGACUGAUUUUAUUAAUCCUAGUGUCGUCCAUGCAAAAUCUAUCAGCCAGGUAAUACAAGAGAUGACAUAUGGUGGUGCUGAUUAUUGUUUUGAGUGUAUUGGUCUAUCUUCCUUGAUGAAAGAAGCUUUCACUAGUUCUCGACCGGGUUGGGGGAAAACGGUAAUAGUAGGUGUGGAUGGGCAUGGGUCGACGUUAGACCUCGACUUAUUCAAUCUCUUAAGGGGAAGAACGGUUAGUGGCACCAUGUUUGGUGGAAUCAAACCCAAGUCCGACAUUCCAAAACUAAUCCAAAUGUACCUAAACAAGGAGCUUAACUUGGAAGGAUUCAUAUCACAUGAAAUAAGUUUCAAUGACAUUAACAAAGCAUUUGAGCUACUUGAGCAAGGGAAGAGUCUAAGAUGCAUCAUUUGGAUGGAUAAAUAAAUUUAUCCAUUGUCUUUGGCCAUUCAAACUUAAUUUCUCGGAUAAAUAUUACUAUUGUUCAUUUGUUUUAUGGUUGCAAAACAAAUAUCUUAAUCUAGUAUAAGGUUAAUUAUUUAUUUA